AUGAGCAACGGCUAUGUUAGUUCACAAGUAUUGGCAAAUCAAGACAAGCCACUUGACCGCGAAAAACUUUGUCCAAUGUUGCUCCGAGUUUUCUGUGCGAAUGGAAGACAUCAUCCUCUAAGCGAAUACAACAAUCGAAAUGGUGGAAGCGUUCCACCAAAUGAACUUCAAAUGUACACAUGGUAAGUUCACGUUUAUUUAUUUUUCUUUGAAAAAUGAAAAAAAACUUUUUUCAGGUUCGAUUGCUCACUUCGAGAAUUGACAAGUUUAAUCAAAGAGGUAAAUCCUGAAGCAAGAAGAAAAGGAACAACUUUCGACUUUGCGAUAAGUAAGUUUUCUGGAUAAUUUUUGAAAAACAGUAAUGUUUUGAUUUUUGCAGUAACUCCAGACAGAUCGUCUCCAAGAUUUCUUUCUCGAGACAUUGGAAACACCAUGAAUGGGCAAAAAGGAAUUGAUGACAAUAAAACUGUGAGUUUUGAAAAAAAAAACUUACGUUAAAUUAAAUUAUUUUAACAACUAAUUUUCUAGUUGCAACAAUGCAAAUUCGAAGCUGGCGACUACAUUGAUGUCGCAAUAACAAUGCCAGGUUCACAACGUCAUUUCGGCGGAAGCCGCGGUGGACGCGAUUUCGAUCGUCGUCCUCGCAGCCCAGUUCGUUAA